AUGAAUAUUCUACAAGAUUGCACCGAAACCGUCGCCGACGGAGCCGAAGUCAUGGACAUCAAUUUCCCAACAACCACUCAGGCGCCUGCUUGUGCUGCCUGCAAAUUCCAUAGAAGAAAAUGCUCUGUCGAAUGUCCCUUGGCUCCCUAUUUUCCUGCUAAUCGUCUUCAAGAUUUCGAAAACGUACGCAAAUUGUUCGGCGUAAAAAACGUCCUCAAAACCCUAGCCGGUUUGGAUUCUUAUAACAGAUUUAAAGCGGCGGAGUGUAUGAUUUUUGAAGCCAAUUGUCGCGCCCUUGAUCUCGUCGGUGGUUGUUGCCAAAUCAUCCCUAGAUUGCAGAAUGAAAUUGCACUUCUAGAGGCUCAGCAUCGUCACAUUCUCCGUCAGCUCCAAAUCUCCCGACAGACGGCGGCGGCUAUUUCGCAACUAGGUGCGAUUCCUUCGGAAUUCGAUUCUGAUUGUAAGCACGGACUAACUCCUCUUUUGCUUGAUUGCGAUUAUUCUGAAGAUUGGAUACGAAAAGAACAUUGCGACAUGAAUAAUGAAGCUUCUUUUUCCAAAGCCCUAACUAAUUAG